GAUAAAUCUAAGAUUAUUUCACCGAGUCUUUAAUUAGAACACAUUACGCAAUGAAAUAUGGAAGCUACUAAGGGGCUUCGUGUAAAUAUGAAACGAACUCGACCGCGAUCGUUGCUCGCUCCUACUGAAAUAUAUUUUUUCAAUAUGGCCGGAUCUAAAACAACCGAGUGUAAUACUAAACAAAACAGCUGCAAAAGUUGUCAAAGUAGGCGACUCAAGUUAAAUUUCGACUGCAAAUAAAGCUUUCAUAUGGGAAGGACAUUGCUUUCCUUUGCGCACAGACUCUGGAGUGUCCCCUGAUCCACCCAGAGGUCUAGCUCCUUUCCCCACAAGUAAAGAAUUGACGAAAGCUCCUUUAAAAGCAAAACAAGUCAGGAAUCAGCCUCGAGAGCAAGUGAAGUUUUGUCCAGCACGAUACACGUUAAUGAACGUUGGAACGAAUGCAUUUUCAAUGCCAGUAGCGCUGCGACCCUUACGAGUAAACCAACCCCGUGCUGUGCUGGUGAUGACGCGUGCAUGUUUCGUUUGGAUGGUCCUCGGUGUCCACAUGCGCGCAGUAGCGCACGCGACACCAAAGAGUACCGCGGUUAAGUCAUAUCGCUGACCGCCAGUCAGACAGCGUCAAACCGGUUUGCCGAGCACUAGCUGCCAAGCAAGUACCUGCCUAUUAUUUUGCUUAAGGAAGGAGAGAGAAAAACAAAUUACUUAUUCGGACGCAUAUGACAAGAGCUUGAUUGCAUCUUCGGAUUGGUAUUUCUGUUCGUUACAUUUUCUAACAGUAUGUACUCACAGAAACAACUGCUUUCGCAUGGGACCAUGGGACGCCUCUCAAGCCCAUAAAGACAAUUAUUUGCCAGCAAGUGCAUUUAAGAGUAUUUUAAUAACUUAAGGUUCUCUUCGACGAGGACUAUUUCUCCUAAGGUGGAUGUGACUGGGCUGUGGGAAGAGCGUGAGAGUCUAUGCGAGUGGGUUUGUCGAGGGGGGAGUGUGUGGAGGGACAGUCGUAGACGUCGACAUCAAGAAACUGCCCUCUGAAGUUAACUGGAAACUGAACUGCCGCUUGGAAGACAGCCUUAGACAAACGAAUGCGAUGAAAUAACCUCCCAUCCGUAUACUGUCUUUUAUUCAGUGAACAGGCACGGAGCCGUGGUGCUGAACUGCUGCGCACAGGGAGGGAAGCUGAGACAACUGCCCAGGAGCACUAUGGCAUCUUUGCCCAUUCAUUGUGGAUGUACAGUACUCUAACUGAAGUUGAAGUGAAUGUAACAUCAUAUUAUUUAACGGAGAAAUUAAUUUACGGUUAAUGUAUGACUACACCCUAAUACAAUUUAGAACAAAAUCCUCAAUGCCUCUUGUGUCUUUGUGGUCUACGGGAUCCCGUAAAGAAUAAACUAAUUUAAGCUUUACACCCAGUGGCUACAAAAGGCAUAUAAUAAUGGCAUUAGAUUGUGGACCAGGCGAAGGACGAAUAGCAUCAAUUUCUAAGUCAUCAUUCCAGAAGAGAGGCGUGUGACCGCAUCGCCUCAGCCGGGAGAGCCGGGCAUAUUGUAUCUUGGAGAGUAAAAUCAGCGUAACCCGAAGAGGGCCGAGGAGGGCUGCACUUUUUGGAACAUAUCUACUCUGCAAAUAAUCCGGAAAAAUGUAUCCCAUCUUCACCCUGCAGGCGUUGACCAUCUGGAUGGCAUUUGUUUCCAUGGCAAAAUCAGAUCUCACCUGCAUGUACCUGCUGCUCUCCACCAACAUCUCAGCUCGGACGCUGGCCCUCUUGAAUCAGACGUUUGGAUACUCCAACCUCACAGCUCACUCUUUGGCCCUGUUGAAUCAGACGCUGACACACACCAAUAUCACCGGCUUGUACUGUGACACCUCUAUAGAUGGCAUUGGUACGUGUUGGCCCAGAAGCAGUGCUGGGGUGGUGGCACUACCCUGCCCCGAGUUCCUCAACGGUGUUCGCUACAACACCUCCAAUAACGUGUACAGAGAAUGCCUCACCAAUGGAACCUGGGCCAUGAAAGGGAACUACUCACAGUGUCAUCCCAUUCUGACUGAGGAGAACAAGAGUAAGAUGCACUACCAUAUUGCAGUGAUCAUAAACUACCUGGGCCACUGCAUCUCGCUCGCAGCCCUCCUGGUGGCCUUCAUCCUCUUCAUGCGGCUCAGGAGUAUCCGUUGUUUGAGGAACAUCAUCCACUGGAAUCUCAUCACAGCGUUCAUCCUUAGGAACGCCACCUGGUUCGUCGUUCAGCUCACCAUGAACCCAGAGGUCCAUGAGAGCAACGUGAUCUGGUGUCGGCUGGUGACUGCGGCAUAUAAUUAUUUCCACGUGACCAACUUCUUCUGGAUGUUUGGCGAGGGCUGCUACCUGCACACGGCCAUCGUGCUCACCUACUCCACCGACAAACUCCGGAAGUGGAUGUUCAUCUGCAUCGGCUGGUGUAUCCCUUUCCCCAUAAUAGUGGCGUGGGCCAUUGGAAAACUCUACUAUGACAACGAAAAGUGCUGGUUUGGGAAGCGGGCAGGCAUCUACACAGACUAUAUCUACCAGGGACCCAUGAUCCUCGUUCUGCUGAUCAACUUCAUUUUCCUCUUCAACAUUGUCAGAAUCCUGAUGACCAAGCUCAGAGCCUCAACUACGUCAGAGACCAUUCAGUACAGGAAAGCUGUGAAGGCCACUCUGGUUCUCCUGCCACUCCUGGGCAUCACCUACAUGCUGUUCUUUGUCAACCCGGGCGAAGACGAGAUCUCCCAGAUCGUCUUCAUCUACUUCAACUCUUUCCUAGAGUCCUUCCAGGGCUUUUUCGUUUCUGUGUUUUACUGCUUUCUGAACAGUGAGGUUCGGUCUGCUGUUCGGAAGAGGUGGCACCGUUGGCAGGACAAGCACUCAAUCCGUGCCCGUGUGGCACGUGCCAUGUCCAUCCCGACCUCGCCGACCCGCGUCAGUUUCCACAGCAUCAAGCAGUCCUCGGCCGUGUGAGGAGGGAGGCUCUUCGGCUGGCUGGCUGGCUGGCUGGCUGGCUGGCUGGCUGGCUGGCUGCCUGGCUGCCAUAUUCUUUCUGGUUUUCAGGUUCCAUUGCACCACACCUCCUUGACAGCCUGCACUGUACAUCUCCGGCUCUCUUCGUCACGUCGCGCCAUGUUGUCGCGUCAUGCCAUGUUGUCGCUCCCUCCCGCUAAGCUGCUGAGACACCAGAAAAACAAAAAACGAAAAACGAACCAUACAGGGUAAAAGAUUUUACAGUCAGCAACCAAUACAGGAGAACAGCAGACUAGAGAUGCAGUACACACAGAGACAAAAUACGUAUUGUGUUGCCAUCUCAAGAGCAAAACACUUUUGUUUAACAGCAGAAGGGUCAGGAAAUAUCUAUUUCAUCUCCCGUCUUGAGGCUGAAAGAAUGGGAGGGUUUGGCCGACCCCAAAACCCAGAUUGCAGGAGCCAAAGAAAUGACCGGUUCCAAGCUAACUGUUAGCUCUCCGGGGAUGUUGGCAAGGAUUCUGUCAACUGGCAACAAUCAAAAGUUCGAUUUCCUCUGGUCUGUUUCAGUUCCUUAAUGAUCCCCCCCCCCUCUGGCCACAGAAGGAGCUGGAACACAGCUUUCGC